CCUUUUUCUCUUUUCAGUAUCCUCAGAGGAUCACAGGUAUGAUAGCGAUGUUACUAAGACACCAACUCCAAUCGAGAAGUUCCAAACAAGGAAUAUUACCAGAACAAACGCAACCACAAUCAAAGCAUAACUGCACAGAGGCAAAGCAGCCGGCUGCUAUCUGGAACACGUAAAACCAAACGCUGUUUAGCAGCAGCACGUUACAAACGCUGGAACCCCAGCCCGGCGCCGAGAACAUGGCCGCCGUCCCCCGCGGACUCCAUUUCCCAGGCGGCUCCGAGGCACGCGGCCGCCAGUGCCUGCCCGCCGCUGCGAGGGGCUGCCGGGACUCGUAGUGCUGGAGCGGAAGGAAAAUGGCGUCCCGGAUCCGUGUGGUGCUGCGGCCCGUGAAGAGUAUCGUAGUCCGCUUCUGUCCCUUCGAGUCCAACGUGGAGAGCACCAGAGGACCUCAGUGUCUCCAUGUAAACUUUUGUGUGUGGAACCAGGAGUUGGACUCGGUGAUCCUUAUGGUGCCCUUCUGGCUUGAAGUAUUCUGUAUAAGCAUCAGCAUCUGCCUUUACCAGCAGUCCCUGGAGAUGUACCUCUUAGAGCUGCUGAGCCCACAACUGAGAAGCUGCAGUUCCUCAUCCAAGUGGUGAUAGUGGGAGUCAAUAUUCUUGGUAAUUGUCUGUUGAGGAAAUCUAAGUGAUUAUGCUUCUUGAGGGAUGUAAGCUCUGCACCAGAGGAUUGUAAAGUGCCAUUCUGCAAUAGAUUUACAGACAUGUCUACUUUUGAAAUGCACUAUUAUCACAACUUAGCUUGAAAUGUCUUUAAACUGCCAGAAUGUGAGCUGGAUGGUAUGUUUUUCACAUAUCUACAGAAGAUGUACUGAAGAUGUAUAAAUAAAUGCUGUCUCAAACUCAAACAAUAAAACAGUGGUAAGCAAGCAGUGUAUAAAGAAAAAUGUAAGUUGCCUUGCUGACUCUUAUUACCUCAUCAGAGAAAUUCAGAAAGUGUAUGCACUGAAAUUUUCCAAAAUUCUUUGGUAUACUUUUUACAUAUUAGCAUAUAAGAAGUCCACUAGUAUGUAAGUAAUCAUCUGGAUUGCUGCCUGCUAAGACGUGCAUGUCUGACAUUAUUGAAUAUAAAUCCUAUUCUGUUUAUACUUUUGUCAACCAGCAAUGUCAAACUAUUCAAAUAUGUUUUUGAUGCAUGUUGUACAUUUACUGUAAUUUCUAAAUGCGGUGCACUCAGUGUAUUUUAAAAUAUAU